ACAUACUGUAACUUGAAGAUUGUUUUAGUACACUGAACUACUGAACUUCUUCCUUAGAAUAUUAAGCGCGUUGAUCAAAGAGUCCUUCCAGUUAAUAAUCAUAUAGAUUCCGUUCACCAAGGAAAUGUCUGGAUCUCGCAAAUUUUUUGUUGGGGGGAACUGGAAAAUGAACGGAAGCAGAGAUGACAACGAUAAGUUACUUAAAUUACUCUCAGAAGCCCAUUUUGAUGAUAACACGGAAGUUUUAAUUGCUCCACCUUCAGUCUUUUUGCACGAAAUUCGAAAAAGUUUGAAGAAAGAAAUACAUGUGGCCGCUCAAAAUUGCUAUAAAGUAUCAAAGGGUGCAUUCACCGGAGAAAUCAGCCCAGCAAUGAUAAAAGAUAUUGGUUGUGAUUGGGUCAUACUUGGACAUUCUGAGCGUAGAAGCAUUUUUGGUGAAUCUGAUGAACUUAUUGCUGAAAAAGUUCAACAUGCACUUGCUGAAGGUCUAAGCGUUAUUGCAUGUAUUGGUGAAACAUUAUCAGAGCGUGAAUCUAAUAAAACAGAGGAAGUAUGCGUUAGACAGUUAAAAGCCAUUGCAAAUAAGAUUAAAUCAGCUGAUGAAUGGAAACGAGUAGUCGUAGCAUAUGAACCAGUUUGGGCUAUUGGAACAGGUAAAGUUGCUACACCACAACAAGCUCAAGAAGUUCAUAAUUUCCUUCGUAAAUGGUUUAAAACGAAUGCACCAAAUGGAGUUGAUGAAAAUAUACGUAUUAUCUAUGGUGGAUCUGUAACUGCUGCCAAUUGUAAAGAAUUAGCUCAACAACAUGAUGUCGAUGGAUUUUUGGUUGGUGGAGCUUCAUUAAAACCGGAAUUCACUGAGAUAUGUAAAGCCAAACAACGUUGAUUGUUUUGUUGGUCUUCUUCUUCUUACACUUCUAAAUUUUGUCUCUUCUCAUGUCAGUUACUUGCUUUUUUUGUUUUGACAACCAAAGCAUAUUAUAAUUAGUAGUAUCUUAAUGUCUAAUGUAAAAAAAUAUCACCACUAGUUCGAACUACUUAAUUACUAUCAGUCAAAAAAAUAAUAUUUGUCAAUUUAGUUCAUUGUUUCAUUUAUCGUCCUUUAAAUUUCUUAUGCCCUAAAUAUACAUUGAAUUAAUAUUUGAAUAAGUUUUGUAAAAUUUCACUGGAUCUUACUUAAUAUAAAAUGUACAAAGCUUAUCAUUGACCGUGUUGUCAAUUCACUAAAACAGUCUGACGACAUUUUAUGCAUUAAAAUUGGUAUAUUAAAGAUAUUAAGUUUCAGCAAAUGUUGUCAUAAG